CAGGAUGGGCUCCAAGUACCCACCAUCUAUGCGGCGCUGUCUGCCCCUGUGGAUCCUAAUGCUGGAGGUGGCUCUCAUUGUCAUCUUCUUCUUUUUCACCUCCUCUGACACUUCCUCACAGGAUCCGAAGAAGCUCAUGGGGAACUUUCGAGUCCUCCAGGAUGUGACCAUCAUGGCGGCCCUUGGCUUUGGCUUCCUCAACUCAUCUUUGCGGAGAUAUGGCUGGAGCAGUGUGGCCUUCAACCUCUUUUUGCUGGCCCUGGGGGUUCAGUGGGCAGUCCUGAUGGAUGGCUUCCUGGAAUGGUCCUUCCGUAAGAAGGUGGUCAUCAAACUGUCCAGUAUUAAGUUGGCCACCAUGAGUGCUAUGUCUGUGCUCAUCUCAGCGGGUGCUGUGCUGGGGAAGGCCAACCUGUUGCAGCUGACAUCGAUGGCACUGGUGGAGGUGACAGUCUUUGUCACCAUGAGGAUGAUUGACAGGCAGUACCUCAGUAUGGACAACCACGUAAGCAUGAUGCACAUCCACGUGUUUGCAACCUAUUUUGGGCUGAUGGUGGCCUGGUUCCUCUCGAGGUCUCUGAAUGAGAGAGUGACGGAGGAGAAGAAUCAGACAACAAAGAGCUCCAGUUUGUUUACCAUGCUGGGAACCCUCUUCUUGUGGAUAUUCUGGCCGAGUUUCAACUCCGCUCUGCUGGAUAUUCCAAAGGAAAGGAGGAAUGCCGUGUUCAACACCUACUAUGCUGUCGCGUCCAGCGCAGUGACAGCCAUCUCAAUGUCGGCCUUGGCUCGCCCCCAAGGGAAGAUCAACAUGACUCAUAUCCACAAUGCGGUACUGGCUGGAGGUGUGGCUGUGGGCCCUUCGUGUCAUCUGAUCACUUCUCCUUGGCUCGCCAUGCUGCUGGGCUUUAUGGCUGGACUGAUCUCCAUCGGGGGAGCCCUGUGCCUGCCGGAAUACUUUAACCGUGUGCUGGGGAUCCACGACACCUGCGGCGUGCACUACUCCUUUGGCUUGCCAGGUCUGCUCGGGGGAAUCGCCUACAUUCUGCUGAUAAUCUAUGAGGUCACCUGGACCAAGCAGUCCAUGAUCAGCUACCAGUUGUUCAUUGGCACUGGGACACUCAGCUUGGCCCUGGCUUCAGGUCUGAUAGCUGGUGUUUUGACAGGUUUGGUCUUAAACCUCACAAUAUGCAAGGGACCUCAUGCAGCUAAAUAUUUUGAUGACCAAGCUUUCUGGGAGGUAAAUCCCAUGUGA